AUGCAACCCUCCCGCAUGCACCAACAAGUGCUAUUGCACCGCGUCGUUGUCGAGCAACAACAGCAUCACCCGACUCAUGUCACACCAUGGAUCGCUCCGGCAGAUUAUUUCGAGUUGAUUCGGUGCGUGUCGAAGCGAGGAGCCUCGAUCCCAUUCAGCGGUACUCCAGGCCGACGACAGUUGCUGCUCAGGACCCACACGAGCUUGUUCAAUGUGGUGGCCAAGUACCGAACCUGCUACGGCUACCCAGUCUAUCGACGGCGGCUCAAGCAAUGCAGCACCUUGCGUGGAUUCCACCCAAGCCGUUCGACGGACCCAUCAGUCGUCGACGCGGAGCAAAUCCAACAGCACAUCCGGUCGUUCAACCUCCCACCGCCACGACUUCUCGGCCGUCUGGCUUCUCAUCAGGAACAACAGCACAUCGAGCUCAAGAAGCUGAAACGACAGUCCCUCGCGCUACGCGCCCCAUCGUGCCAAUCGCGCAUUCACGUCAAUCUCAGUUUUCCGGGAGGAGGAGAGAAUACCGCCCUCGGUCCAACGACCUCGGAAGAUCAGAACUGUGGCAGUCGGACGAAGACUGGCGGAAGCAAAAUCCCGAGCUUCAGAAGCAAAGGGUAG